AUGAGCGGAGUCCAUCCAAAUGAAUUCUUCGUUUUUAUUUUAGAAUUAGAUUCUAUAAGGUACUUCACAAUGUCGAGACGACCCUUUCGUGAAGCUGAAAGUAGUGCAUUUUCUCCUUUAGUAUUCUUCACCUCUUUGUUAACUCCUGAUUCGAUGAAACAUUUAACUAAUUCGAUAUCUCCAUUUUAUGCAGCCAAAAUGAGAGGAGUUGAACCAUUAUCACCAAAUCUAAUUGGUGAAUUGGUACAAGAAGCAACAAGCGCUUUUCACGACUUCACAGUGUCUAUUUUUCAUUAUCAAGGUGAGUGGAAUCUUUCCAUUACGAUUCUUAACACCAACCUUAACUUUCAAUGA